AUGUUUUAUCAUUCCAAUCGCGAUUUUGAUUAUGAUCUUAUUUCCGUCCCAAAAACCAUAGUGGAUAGAUUAAAAUCUACGCCAGCCAAACAUGACUCACCGGUUGAUAGUCAAAAAAAUACUUUCCUAUUGUCUCAUGAUACUCAAGAUAUGGUGAAUGAUAGAGAUGAAUAUGAUGAUGUCGUCAUCAUUGAUAAUGUGCCUGAAUCGCAUUUCAUCACCAUCACACCGAAUGUAGCUUUAAAUACCGAUGAUGAAAGUAACCGAACACAGAGGAAGAAGGAAAUAGAACUUCUUAAAGAACUUAAAGAGCUAAAAAAAAAAAGAAAUCGUGAACGUCAAAGGGCAUAUUAUCACCGGCAGAAAGAAUUGAAGAAAAAUGAAAAAGAAAGAAGAAAAAAAGAAACAGCCCCUAAAUCAAAUGCUGAACGUCAAAGGAAAUUUCGUCAACGUAAUGCAGAAAAAUCUUACGUGGAUAUUAUCAAAAGACAAAAAUUGGACAGUAAUGAAGAUAAUGUCUUGCAAUAUAGGGCUGUUGAAAAUGUAACGCUACAACAAAAUCAAUUUCACAGCCAACAACUUCAAAUUUAUGAACAGUGCAAUAAAUGCAUUACCCCCGAAGUUAUUCUUAACAGGAACACAGAAAUUCCUGGCGAUGGUAAUUGUCUAUUCCACUCGCUCAUAAGUGUUUUGCACCUUCAAAUUAAGACUUGUGACUUGAGAAAUCAGUUACGCGAUUCGCCCUAUUUAAACUCCUGUCACAAUCCGCAAGAAGCAUAUAAAAUUCUAUCAAGCACUAAUGAUUACGGAGAUUUGGAUUGUUUGUACUUAUUUUCAAAAAUGUACAAUCAAAAUGUUUGUGUACAUUAUUGUUUUUACAACAUAACUACAAAGAAUCAAGACACUAUCUUUUGUCAUUUUAAAGCGAAUGAUACACAAAACUGGAUUCAUCUUCAUCUUCGUGAACAACAUUUCACACCUUUUUAUGAAGUAUCAGAUUUAUCGGGGACAAUACAAGAGGCUACCCAAAAUGAAGCCCAUGUUGAUGCCAAUAUUCAACUAUUGCGUGACAAUUAUGAUGAAGAUCCUACCGAAGAAAACCAAAACAAUCGUGAAGAUGAAAUUGAGAUUGAUAGAGAAGAUCGAAUUGGUGAAAAUAUUAUGGAUUUUAUUGUUGAUGGUACUAUUCCAGUUUACAAGAAUUAUCGUAAACAUAGUACAAGUCAUAUCGAUUUUUAUAAAGACUUUACGAGUAAUUCGUUUGGUCAUUCUUGUAUUAUUUGCGACAGACUAUGGUGGAAAAGAGACUUGAAAAUGUCGACCAGUAAGCAUGAGAAUAUUCUGAAAACAAUACUGCAGAAUUACACACCUGGUGAAAUCGUUCAAGUCUGCUCUACGUGUUAUACAUCUUUGGAAAAAGGAAAAAUUCCUCUCAUGUCAACCUACAAUGGUUUUUCAUAUCCGAAAAUUCCAUCACAUUUACCAACAUUAAACCUUAUCGAGCAACGAUUGAUUUCACCGACAAUACCGUUCAUGCAAAUUCGUAGACUGAGACACGUUAACGGUCAGAACGAUAUUUAUGGCCAGAUAAUUAAUGUUCCUGUCGAAUUUAAUACAAUGGUGAAACAAUUGCCAAGAAACAUUCAAGAUGACCAUUGCUUUUAUGUGAAUUUGAAAAAGAAGUUGAUUCACAAAACUAGUUAUGUCCUCGAGCUUAUUAAUAAGAGCCAUAUUAAAGAGUGGUUGUCGUAUUUAGUAUCUACGCCUCUUUAUAUUUAUCAUGACAUCAAAAUCGAUGAAUCUUUUUUUACCGGUAAUGAACGUUCUUCGCAAUUGAAUAUGGAUGAAAUAAGUGAACAUCUGCCAAUUGAAGACAAUUUAGUUGCGCAGCAACAAACUCUCUUGUGGAAUAAUGAUUGGUUUUUAAGUCUUGCACUCGGUGAAUAUAACAGGCCAGUCAGUAUUUUAAUGGAUGAACAUGCGGAAGAACUAUCUUUUCCGACAAUCUACGGCGGUCAGUUUCGAACAUACAGAGAUGGUGUUACCGUUACUCCAUUCAUGCAAGCUACCAGCGAACUUCGGCGUACUGAUAGGCGUGCUACUGACCCACAACACCUUUUAUACAUCGCUGCUAAAAUCAUGAGGUUGCGAGUUAGUGGAUGUCUGAACGUUGCGUUUAAGCAUGUUGGACAACGUACUUCAAUUACGAAGGAGACCAUUCAAUCUGAAGAAUAUAUAAAUAAUUGUUUAGAAACAAAUCUCGCAUUUCUUCGCUAUGUACCAAAUUCUGCUUGGUUUUGGUCAGAUCGCAAAAAAGAUCUUUUUGCAAUGAUCAGGCAAUUAGGGCCACCUACUGCUUUUAUGACUCUAAGCGCCAAUGAAACUGGCUGGGAAAAUUUGUUGAAAUUGUUGUACAAAUUAAAAAACGAGGGAGCUGAAAUUUCAGAUGAGUAUUUAGCAGAAAUGAGUUAUGUGCAUAAAGCUCAACUUGUGAAUGAAGAUGCCGUAACUUGUGCUAUUUAUUUGAAUAAAAUGGUAAAUUGUCUGUUAAAAGUUUUGCAAUCAAAGAAAAGAACUCCAUUCGGAAAAUAUAGAGUAGUACAUUAUUUUAAAAGAACAGAAUUUCAACAUUGUGGUAGCCCACAUGCUCAUAUUCUUCUUUGGUUGGAAAAUGUUCCUAAAGAUUUAUCAAGCAAUGAUCCUGAAGUAAUAAAAUUAAUCGACGAAUUAGUUUCUGUGUCUGCGUCAGAGGCGUCUGGAAAUAUAAAACUAGUAACACACAAACACACAUUCACGUGUUAUAAAAAAAUGAAUCCUAAUGAAAAGCAAGAAUGUAGAUUUGGUGCACCAUUUAUGCCAACAAAAAAAACUAUUAAUUUGAAGCCUAUGAAAGACACUGAUCACGAUUAUUCACAAGCACUUUUCAAAGAAUAUAAGAAACAAUUUAAAUUUAUAAGAAAUAAUCUCGAAAAUUUUGACUACACGAAUUUUGAUGAAUUUUACUCGCAUAAUGAUAUUAUUUCUGAUGAUCAUUACUACAAUAUUGUUCGUUCUGGAAUCAAUAGACCAACAUUAUUCUAUAAAAGGACACCAGCAGAAAAAUGGCACAACACUUUCAAUCCAUUCGUAUUACAUCAUUUGAAAUCGAACAUGGAUUUUCAGAUUAUACUAGAUGAAUAUGCUUGUGCAACAUAUGUUGUUGAAUAUGUCAAGAAGCAUAAUACAGGGAUUAGUAAUUUGCAAAGACAAAUAAUUGACAUAAUGGACGAGCAUCCAGAAUUCGACAUUGUCAAUAUUACGAAAAAAAUUAGUAUCGACAUACUUCGAUCUGUUAAAAUGCCGGCACAAGAAGCUGCUUGGUAUUUAUUAAGAGAACCUAUGGCUAAGUCAUCGGCAGUGACAGUCUACAUUCCAACGGUAUUUCCUACUGAACGCGCAAGAAUUAGAAAAUCUAUGAAGGAACUUGAAGCUAUAGAUGAUGAUUGUACGAACGUUUGGAAAGAGAAUUGGUUCGAUAAGUACGAGAAAAGACCUGAAGAACUCCGCGAUGUUACGUUAGCACAAUUUGUUGCAAAAUAUUACCUGAAUAAAAAGUGGACCUACACUAAAAGAGAUACUGCAAGAAUAAUAAGAUACAGGAACUACGAUAUGGCUGACAAUUACAAUGAUUAUAGGCGUGAGAUGGUUCUGUUGCAUGUUCCUUUUCAAAGUGAAGAACUUGAUAUUAUUGCUGAAAAUAAGUUCAUUCAAAUAUACGAGGACAACAAAGAUACGAUAUUAGAACGUAGGAAAGAAUUUGAAUCAAAUUUGGAUAUAGAGAAAACUUUAGAAAUUUGUAGACAGUUGUGCCGAGAAAACGAUGAAGAACAACAAGAAGACGAAGAAUUAUUGAUAAAUUGCAUGAAAGAGAUCCUUAUGACUGGAGGGCAGUUGAUAAUAUAG